AUGGCAGAGAAGGAGAUUAGACAUGUCUGUUCUCCGCUUUCGGCCGAGCAGCAGUCGAAAGAGGCAGCUAAACUUGGCGAAGAAGUAGAGGUCAUAGAACAAGAGGAACAACCAGUUCAGUCUCAAGGCGAAGGCUCGUUGCAACCCGCGCUGUCGAGAGCUCGUACUAUUGCCCUGGUGGCUACACUUACUGGCGCAGCAUUCUUGAACACAUUAACGGUCCAGGCCGUAGUCAUUGUCCUCCCGAGCAUCGGUAAAGCACUUGACAUACCGGCAGCCAGACAACAAUGGAUCGUCUCAGCUUAUUCUCUAUCCUUUGGCUGCUUCCUAUUACUUUGGGGUAAGCUCGCCGAUGUCUACGGCAAGAGACCUAUCUUCAUCCUAGGAUCGCUCUGGGUUGCCAUACUCACAUUGGUAAAUCCAUUCGCAACAAACGAGAUCGCCUUUGACCUUCUCCGAGGACUACAAGGUGUGGGUGGAGCUGGCAACGUCCCCUCUGCGAUUGGCAUCUUGUCUGCUACAUUUCCUCCUGGGAAGGCUCGCAACUACGCUUUUUCUCUAUACUCUGCUGGUGCUCCCAUGGGCUCCGUGAUGGGCAAUCUGCUGGGCGGUCUUGUUGCACAAUAUGCCAGUUGGAGAUGGAUUUUCUGGAUUCUUUCCAUCAUGGCAUUUCUGGUGACAGUGGCCGGCUACUUCAUUGUUCCGAAAGCGCCUCCCCGACAAGACUCCGAAGUGAAGAAGUCCGUUGACUGGAUCGGAGCCUUUCUAGUAACAGUCGGUGUUCUUGUCUUACUCUUUGCCUUGGCCGAAGGCAAUGUUGUGGGAUGGAGCAAGGCCUAUAUCCCGGUUUUGAUUGUAUUAUCGAUUCUGUUCAUUGUCACUUUCGUCGUCUGGCAACUAUAUCUGGAGAAACGAACUGAACGACGACCUCUGAUGAAAGUCACUCUGUUCAAGCGCCUUAAAGUUUCUGCCGCCAUGUUAGCCAUGGCCGUAUUCUUCUCAGCCUUCAACAAUUACCUCAUCUUCUCGACGUAUUUCUAUCAAGAGUAUCUCGGACUCGAUGCCAUCCAGACUACCCUUCGCUUCAUUCCAACCGGUGUUGUCGGUAUACUCACAGUCCUUGUGACCUCACAGCUCCUAAGCAGAGUACCUAUACAUUUUAUACUCAUGUGGGGUAUGGUAUGCGUAGGAUUGGCAAACAUGCUUAUGGCGGUCCCAAUCCCGCCGACAGAGACGUACUGGGCUUAUGGCUUUCCAGCCAUGUGUUUGGCCGUGUUUGGUGCAGAUACCUUGUUUCCUUCGCUACUUCUUCUCGUAGCUCACAAUCUCCCUCCGGAGGAUCAAGCCCUGGGUGGUGGGCUCGUAAAUGCUCUGGGUCAGAUUGGGCGAGCCAUUGGUUUGGCCAUCGGUACUGCGAUUCAAGUCGCCGUGCAAAGCAGCCAGGAGAAGACGCGUGUCGUUGACAUGGAAGCGAACGUGGGAGACCAUGCCUAUCUGCAUGGGCUGCACGCAGCUCAAUGGCUCAACGUAGGCUUCGCAGCGACCGGGUUCAUUAUUGUCGCGCUUGCAUUCAGGGGUGCAGGAGUGAUUGGAGCAUCGAAGUGCCGGAAAGAGCCUCGAUAG